CCUGGUCACAUGUUUCCUGUGACGUCACUGGGUGACUGUGGAGGACAGGAAGUAGCCGCUAUCGUACCUAGACAGAGAGACUGAGACGUCUUCAUAUUGUCUGUGUAGGAGCUCCGCCUCCAGAAUGAAGCUGUCACGCCUCGAUCUGACCGAAACGCUCGGCACGGACAAGACACAGAGCCACACGAUGGAGAGAAUCAUCAACCUCACCCUGGAUAUCCUCUACCUGCUGACCGGAGAGGAUUACAUAGUCCUGAAGAUGUCCUAUGGUCGGGUGACGCACAGCAGCAGUCCCUGUGUAUCGGGAGGCUUUGGACGGACUCAGAUACCCACCUCAAAGCUGACACCUGACAGCAACGACAAGAAGAUCCUGGAGGUCACCCAGAAGAUCAUCGAGCUGCUGACAGGAGAGGAAGGGCGAAGGUCGGUCCAGGAGAAGAGUUGUAUGUCAAAGUUCCUAGGACAGGAAGUAAACGACGUCCUGAGCUCAGAAGAUGAAUCCGGCAACAGAACUGCACCAAUGAGAUGUCCCCGUCCUCCGUAUUCCCGGGAUCAGGAAGAGAAUUCGAAUAACAGGAAGCCGAAUGAUCAUUCGCAGAACGCAGUAAUCUUCUGUAUCAAGAAAGAGCCGAAUGCGACCGGACAGACCUCAAACGCUAGAAGGAGAGGGAGACCUCGGAGGAAAAGAAUCCUGGGGGCGGCUCCUAGGCCUCAGUCCCCUCUGAGCUUGAAGGAUAUUCAUGUCAUCACGGAAGACUUCCAGGAUGAAGCCAGGGAGGUGGUGACCUCUGAGGAUGACCAGCAGAACCAAAACAAGGAGCAAGUCACUAAAGAUCUUCAUACAGGGGGGAGCCAAGACAAGCCUGCCUCUGUGUCAGUGAUCGAAGUGGGAGAGGAUGAGGAUGACCGCGAAGAAAGCUCCAAAUGUAGAAGGUGGCGCCCCCCAAAGGAAGCGGAACUUUCCAUUAUGAUAGAAGACGAGGAGGAGGAGGAGGCGGAGAGCCCCAGGAAGGAUUCAGUCUGGGAGAUUUCUGCAGACGGCUCUCGGCACCCCAUCGGCCCGUCUCGGGAUGACAGCUCAGACGACACCAUUAUUAAAAUUAGUUUAGACAACAUCCAGGAAGCGUCGGAGGCCGCUGAAGCCGUCAAUCAAAGUAUCUGCCGCCGCCGCGGCGGCAAGAAAAUAACGUUCACCUGCCUGGACUGCGGGAGGUGUUUUUCAUCCUCGGAGCAGCUCCAAUCGCACCACAAAGUCCACACGGGGGAGGCGCCCUUUUCCUGCACGGCUUGUGGAAGUUCCUUUUCCAGCUCCGAGGAGCUCGGAGAGCACGUCGCGCUCCACACUUCCGAAAAACUCUUCGCCUGCUCGCAGUGCGGCAAAUGCUUCGCCGUCAAGGCCAACCUGAUCGCCCACCGCCGGAUGCACAUGGGCGACAAGCCCUUCGCCUGCGCCGAAUGCGGCCGACGCUUUGCCCUCAGGUCCUCCCUGGAGGCGCACCUUCCCGUCCACGCCCUGGAAAAGCCCUACCCUUGCGUGCUGUGCGGCAAGUGCUUCACCACCAGCGGGCGCCUCGCCGUCCACCAGACCACCCACACGGGGGAGAAGACCUACGAGUGCGAGGACUGCGGAAAAAUCUUCACCACCAGCAGCAGCAUGAACCGGCACCGGAGGACGCACACGGGAGAAAAACCAUAUUCCUGCAUAUUGUGCGGCAAAUGUUUUAACCGCGAGACCAACCUCUACCGACACCAGAUGAUCCACACCAGAUGAGGACCUUUCCACGGAAAAAAGGAAACGUUUAUCUAUAGCAGGGCCAUUGAAUUAAGAUUUAAGGAGGUCCGGUCAGUAGAAUUUUCUUCCGGCAGA